AAGUGAUCAGACGUAAACUUUCAGAUAUUUGCAAUAUAUAAAAAUUCAAAAGAUUGUGAAUUGAAAAUGGAAGAUCUGAAUGAUUUAGCUCUGAGAAAUUUCAAGCAAUAUCUUCAAAUACCUAGUGUACAUCCAGAUGUUGAUUAUACAAAAUGUGUUGAGUUCUUGAAAGGUCAAGGUCAAGACAUUGGUCUUCAGCUUGAGGUAGUAUAUGUUAAACCGAAUAAACCUGUUGUGAUAUUAACAUGGCUCGGAGAACGAAAUGAUUUACCAAGUGUCCUUCUAAACAGUCACAUGGACGUUGUUCCCGUAUUUGAAGAACAAUGGAAAUACAAGCCCUUCAAUGCUGAAGUUCACAAAGGAAAGAUUUAUGCUCGUGGAUCGCAAGAUAUGAAAUGUGUAGGUGUACAAUAUUUGGAAGCUAUUCGGAGAUUAAAAUUGGAGGGAAUAGUUUGCUCAAGAACUGUUCAUGUUUGUUUCGUCCCCGAUGAAGAAGUAGGAGGUGAAGAAGGAAUGAAACUGUUUAUACAAACGGAAGACUUCAAAAAUUUGAAUGUAGGCGUUGCUUUGGAUGAAAGUUUAGCGAGUGAAAAUGAAGAAAUGAUUUUAUUUUAUGGGGAAAAAUGUUGUUGGCAAUUCGAUUUAUAUUGCAGCGGAUCAACAGGACACGGUUCUCUCCUGCUUGAUAACACUCCAGGAGAAAAAGCAGCUUUUCUUCUACAAAAAUUCUAUGACUUUCGUGAACAACAAAGAACACUUUUGGAAAAUCACGAUAAUACCCUAGAAUAUCACCAUCAGCAACUCCUCUAAAGGAAUUUGAAUAUAUGAUUAAUUCUUGGUGCCAAGAAGCAGGACCAGAUUGCCGUAUUUUGUAUUAUUCCAAAGAGACUGAAUCUCCUAAAACGAAACUAAACGAUUCAAACAUAUUCUGGUCUGCUUUUAAGAGGGCCACGAAUAAAAUGG